ACAAGAAAAGUGUCGACGUGGAAGUGAGGAAGGUCAAAUCGUCAGUCAGUGUUGACAAAUUUGCUAGCUGAAAUGAUCUUCUUUGAACAAUACCAAUCUCCCUGCUUUUCCUAUGCCUCCUCGCAUCCCCCUCCCCAGGCUCACUCUAUUUACCGGCGGAAAAGAGUGCUCUCUCUGCGAAGUCGCCAAAGAACAACUCACCCUCCUCCGUCAAUCUCACCCUUUCGAGAUCACCUACUGGAACAUCCGCUCCCCGCCCCUGGGCACUGAAGCACAAGAAGCCAAAAAGUGGCGAAGGUUGUACCAGUACGAUAUUCCUGUGCUUCAUCUCGAAGGCCGAGGUAGAGUGCAAAAGCAUCGGAUAGACAGAGACAAGCUUGGAAAGGUGUUAGAAGAAUGGAGAAAGGAACAGGAGAAUCGGGCGAGCGAGAAGGGGGAGCAGCAGUAAAUCAGGGAGAGGUGAUUGAGGUGGCGAGAAGAUUCAGACCGUAUAGGUCGCUACUCGCUUGUCAACGACCCGCAGAGGUCACGGAAGAUGACGGAUGUACGACUACAGAGUACUCGAAGCCACCCUGGCGCACAGCUAUCGGUACCGCAUUUUUUACUCUCACCUGUCCCGUCGUGCACGCAGACACACAAGACAGUCCUUACUCUGAUAUACUUCAGAGGGCAUUUAGAAACUUCAGCGAUGUACCUGUGGGCUCCGACGUGCCGGUGCUGAAGCUUGGGACUGUAAAGGGUAGUGAAAUAGAGGAGGGAGAAAUCAAUGAAGAUGGAGAAGAGGAUAUUGGGUGGGAAGUGGACACGGCGGGCAAAGAUUGGGUGGAAGGAGAUACGAGUUGGAUUCUCUUUGAGCAUGAUGAUGGUGAUGAGCACUUGAAAGAUAACAGAACCCACCUCACAUGCUGGAAUUGUGGCGAGACAGGACACACUGUGAAGGCAUGCCCUCUGCCUUUCAACAAAGUCAUGGUCCGAUACUCUCGCGACAUGAUGUACUACGAGCGCGAUCAUAUUCCUCCAUGUUCCGUCGCUCCGUUCCUCCGCAUCUAUCUCGACUCCAGAGUCACAGAGGUAGAAAGACAAAGGAGGCUUGACUUGAAUGCUGCUUUUGUUCCGGGGCGCAUCACGAAAGAGCUGGACCAUGCUGUGAGGUGGAUAGAAGAUGAAGAAGCAGAAGGAACUGGGGCACGGUACAGAAUUGGAGAGCUGCCAUGGAUUGUGGAGAUGGCUAAAUGGGGAUAUCCUCCCGGGUGGAUAGCUAGUCAAGGUGAGAGCUUGCCUGCCAUGACGUGUCACUGAUGUUCUAUCACAUCAGAUCCUAUUGAAACCCUACAUGAGCGUAUAUCAUCCUUGCAUACAUACGACAGUCCCUUCCCCGCGGAGGACGAUGAUGCAGAGGACCUGGCGAUCAUAGGGGGUGAGAUGGAUGACCCUCGUCAAUUCCGAGAAGACAGCGCCAUGGACAUAGAUCCUCCUACACCAAGGACAGAUCCGCCUCCACCCCCUCUCUCGCCGCCGCCCCAGCCUUUAUCUCCCCCUCCUCCUCCGCCACCUACGCAGUUCCCGCCCCCGAAACGAUAUGCCGUGUAUAACACGGACAUGUUUCAUUACGGACGAUUGGCCCCUUUCGAUGUGAUUGCUCAGGUUCCUCUUGGAUUUCCCAAAUGGCGUUAAAUAUGUUUGGCUUUGUGAAUAGAUUGUGAAUCAAGCUUGAAGUACACCCAUGUAAGCCUAUCAGGAGCUUCUAGCUAUGUUUCAGAAGGCCACGAUAGAGGAUAAAGCAUCUCAAGUCUCCAAAGUGAAAAAAUAAGAUGUACACUUUGUGCUCGAUCGAUAAGGUCGUCAACAACAAAUGCAACAAUGCAACA